AUGCAGCAGCAGUUGCUGCAGCAGCAGCAAGAACAGCAACACAAGCAGCAGCAAAAGCAGCAGCAAGAGCAGCACCGGUUCUGUACAGCCACCUGGGCGCGAGGCUUAGCCGCAAGCCUGCGGCUGGGGAACUUCAGCCGCGCUUUCAAGUUGCUGCUGCUGCUGCAGCAGCAGAUACAGCAGCAGCACAGCACGUGCAGCAGUUGCAGCAGCUGCAUGGACAAACGUUGUUCCUGUUGUUGCAGUGGCCGCGAAGCACUGCCUGCAGCAAUGCACCUUCCCAAUGGGGAGCAGCAGCAGGAGCAGCAGCAGGAGCAACAGCAGCAGCAGCAGCAGAACGAAGACAUGCAGCAGCAGCAGCAGCACCAGCAGGUUCUUUUUGAUUUGAUAUUGGCUCUGUUGCCGAUGUUGCAGUCAGCAUUUGUGGAGCUGUUGCUGCUUGCGGGUCCCCAGAAGCACCGGGAGGCAGCAGCAGCAGCAGCAGCAGCAGCUGCUGCUGCUGCUGCAAUAGAUGAUGCAGCGCCCGCGCCUGUUGUCGUUGCCGCAGUUGUCGUUGCUGCAGUCGCUGCUCCUGCAGAAGAGCUGAGGCUUCACAUGCUGCAGCAGCAACAACAGCAACAGCAGCAGCAGCAGCAACAGCAGCAGCAGCUGCAGCUCGAAGGAAGUUCGCAUACAGGCAUGUGCAGCACCAAUGAUCAGGAACCACAGUGCGACUGCAGCAAAAGCAGCAGCAGCAACGCCGAGAACAGCAGCAGCAGCAGCAGCAGUUGCAGCACCUGCUGCUGUGGAGGCCUGUGCAGGGCCCGGCUGCUGCUGCUGCUGCUGCAGCGGAGGCAGCAGCAAGAGAGCUGGAGGCGACUGUGGCGGGACUCAGCGCAGGAGGAAUUUCGAACGCUGCGGCAGUGCUGCCUUGUGCAGCGCUGCAGGCUUUCAGCAGCAGAAGCAGCAGCAGCAGCAGAAGCAGAAACACAAGCAGAAGCAGUGACAGCAGCAGAAGCAGAAGCAGCAGAAGCAGCAGAAGCAAAAGCAGCAGCAACAGAAGCUGAAGACGUAGAAGCAGCAGAAGCGAAGGCAGCAAAAGCAGAAGAAGCAGAAGCAGCAGCAGCAGAAGCAGAAGCAGCACCAGCAAAUCCAGCAGCAACAGAAGCAGCAGAAGCAGCAGAAGCAGAAUCACCGGAAGCAGAAGGAGCAGGAGCCGCAGCAGCACCAGCAACAGAAGCAGCAGAAGCAGCAGAAGCAUCAGCAGCAGAAGCAGCAGCAGCAGAAGCAUCAGCAGCAGAUGCGGAACAUAUAGGAGCAGCAGCAGCAGCAGCAGCAGAAUCAGAAGCUGCAGAAGCAGAAAGAGGAGAUGCAGCAGAAGCAGACAUCUCUCCUGCUGCAUCUACACCAUCGUCAGAAGCAUCUGCUGCUGCAGUGGACGUUGAUGCUCCAGCUGCUGCUGCUGCUGCUGCAUCAACAGCUACACCUCCUGCUGGUGCUGCCGCAGCAGCUGCAGCUGUUGACUCUGCUGCUUCCGCCAGAUACGAGCGGACAGAGGCAGAUAGGUUUCUGCUUCAGUUGCUGCUGCAGAACCUUGCAGCAGCAGCAGCAGCAGCUGAUACCUCAGAGGCUACUGUGUGCUGCGCAGCAUUAGAACAAUUGCUGCAGCGGUCGGCAGCAGCAGCAGCAGCAUCAAUAGUACCAACACAAACAGAAGCAGCACAUGCCGGUGCUGCUGCUUCAGCAAGCCACCAUCAGCUGCUGCUGUAUACUCUAGUUUGUAGGCUGCUGCUAGCUGCAGCAACUGGUGCUGCUGCAGUUAGCACUGCUAGCAGCAACACUGGGGCUGUUUUGACAUUGGUAACGAACGUGCAGCAGCAGUUGCUGCAGCAGCAGCAAGAACAGCAGCACAAGCAGCAGGGAAAGCAAGAAGCAGACACCUCUCCUGCUGCCUCUACACCGUCGUCAGAAACAUCUGCUGCUGCAGUGCACGUUGAUGCUCCAGCUGCUGCUGUUGCUGCUGCUGCUGCAUCAACAGCUACAUCUCCUGCUGGUGCUGCCGCAGCAGCUGCAGCUGUUGACUCUGCUGUUUCCGCCAGAUACGAGCGGGCAGAGGCGGAUAGGUUCCUGCUGCAGCUGCUGCUGCAGAACCUUGCAGCAGCAGCAGCAGCAGCUGAUACCUCAGAGGCUACUGUUUGCUGCGCAGCAUUAGAACAAUUGCUGCAGCGGUCGGCAGCAGCAGCAGCACCAGCAGCAGUACCAACACAAACAGAAGCAGCGCAUGCCGUUGCUGCUGCUGCAGCAAGCCACCGUCAGCUGCUGCUAUAUACUCUAGCUUGUAGGCUGCUGCUAGCUGCAGCAACUGGUGCUGCUGCAGUUAGCACUGCUAGCAGCAACACUGGGGCUGUUUUGACCUUGGUAACGAACAUGCAUCAGCAGUUGCUGCAGCAGCAGCAAGAACAGCAACAAAAACAGCAGCAAAAGCAGCAGCAAGAGCAGCACCGGUUCUGUACAGCCACGUGGGCUCGAGGCUUAGCCGCAAGUCUGCGGCUGGGGAACUUCAGCCGUGCCUUCAAGUUGCUGCUGCUGUUGCAGCAGCAGAUACAGCAGCAGCACAGCACCUCCAGCAGCUGCAGCAGCUGCAUCGACAAACGUUGUUCCUGUUGUUGCAGUGGCCCCGAAGCACCGCCUGCAGCAAUCCAUCUUCCCAACGGACAGCAGCAGCAGCAGCAGCAGCAGGAGCAACAGCAGCAGCAGCAGCAGAGCGAAGACAUGCAGCAGCAGCAGCAGCACCAGCAGGUGCUUCUUGAUUUGAUAUUGGCUCUGUUGCCGAUGUUGCAGUCAGCAUUUGUGGAGCUGUUGUUGCUUGCGGGUCCCCAGAAGCACCGGGAGGCAGCAGCAGCAGCUGCCGCUGCUGCUGCUGCUGCAGCUGCAAUAGGAUUUCGGGCUGCACUGCAGCGGGAGCGCUAUCUUGAAUUGCUAGAGUCACUCAACGCUUACUUAACUGCAAAGUUGGCCCGUAAUGGAAAAAUUACAGUUAAGACCAACACCGUCGAAAAGGAUCCCCAGCUUGUCACCGGCUUGGAGGGUAAAGUAGGAAAGGAAACUGAAGCCAAUGAGGCGACGUGCUCGACGUUGAUGACAGACGAGCUUAAGAAGCUGUUCCAUCACACUUUCGAAUAUACAGAAGAACUUGACUACCGUAAACUGGUGCAGGAUGCCCUCGAAGCCGGACUGCAAGAUUUCGGUGCAGACUACCCGGCGGAUGCAGAUGCGUGGAAACCGAUAUGGCAGAAGGAAAAGGCUCGCAGCCUGAUGCACCUUCUAGGUGCCGACAGCACUAAAAUAGGAUGCGUCAUUGGAAAGUGUGUGGACAAUAGUCUUGAAGCACAAGGCAAGGCACAACCAAGAACAGCAACGACGGCUGUACUUUUCUGUGAAUUGAGUCCUGGAGCAACAGAGAACAAGGCCGCCUUUAGCGAAGAGUACUUCAAGGAACUUAAGGAACGCACAACUGAUUUAAAAAGUAUGACGGAAGAAGAUCUGAAGGAUCCUGUUGUAACCAGCUCUGCAGGUGCUGCCGUUCCCAGCAUUCUAACUGCCGGUUUGGUCGCCAUCCUGGCAGCUCUCUCUGCCUAG